UCUAGCUGAAUUUGUAUAUAUACGUUCGGGAGGAUACAAAGGUAAGAAAAAGGAGAAGAAGAAGAAGAAGACUAGAGCAGUCGAAAUGGCCUCUCAGUCUCAGGUUUUAGUGGAAGAGAAAUCGAGCGUUAGAAUCUUGACAUUAAACCGACCCAAACAGCUUAAUGCUCUGUGCUUCAGCAUGAUCUCUCGGUUGCUGGAACUAUUCCGUGAAUAUGAGAAGGACCCUAGUGUGAAACUUGUCAUCCUCAAAGGUCAUGGAAGAGCCUUUUGUGCUGGUGGCGACGUUCCACCUGUUGUUCGUAACAUCAUACAAGGCAAAUGGAGACUUGGUGCUGAUUACUUCACAAAUGAGUACACGCUCAACUAUGUUAUGGCCACGUUUAGCAAAAAUCAGGUUUCAAUUUUGAAUGGUAUUGUCAUGGGAGGUGGAGCUGGUGCCUCCAUCCAUGGUCGAUUUCGUAUUGCAACUGAGAACACGGUUUUUGCCAUGCCAGAGACAGCUUUGGGUCUCUUUCCAGAUGUAGGCGCCUCCUACUUCUUGUCAAGGCUUACUGGUUUUUUUGGAGAGUAUGUUGGCCUCACAGGAGCUAGGUUAGAUGGUGCUGAAAUGCUUGCUUGUGGUCUUGCAACUCACUUUGUGCCUUCAACGAGGUUGGCCGCAUUAGAAGCAGAUCUUUGGAGAGUUGAUUCAAAUGAUCCAAACUUUGUUUCAAAAAUUCUAGAUGCAUACACUCAGCAUCCGCACCUUAAACAGCAUAGCCCUUACCACAGGUUACAUGUUAUUAAUAGGUGCUUUUCUAGAAGAACAGUCGAAGAAAUUAUAUCUGCACUUGAGAGAGAGGCUACUCGGCCCACUCAGGAACCAAAUGAUUGGAUCUCAAAAGCCAUUUCUGCAUUGAAGAAGGCUUCACCAUCAAGCCUUAAAAUAUCUCUUAGAUCGAUAAGAGAAGGAAGAUUGCAAGGUGUGGGGCAAUGUCUUAUCCGUGAGUAUAGGAUGGUGUGUCAUGUGAUGAAGGGAGAUAUAAGCAAAGAUUUUGUGGAGGGGUGCAGAGCCAUACUGAUAGACAAAGAUAGGAACCCAAAGUGGGAGCCAAAGGGACUAGAGGGCAUGAAGGACAACAUGGUAGAUAAAUACUUUGAGAGAGUGGAGGAAGAGGAAGGAUGGGAGGACCUGAAGCUUCUGCCAAGGAACAACUUGCCUGCUUCAACAAUCACAUCAAAGCUGUGAAGUGAUACGAUGAUUGAUGAGACACAGCAAAUGGUCAGACAAUUUACGAACAACAAAACCGAGCAAAAGAAACCAAAACCCGAAAUACAAUUUUCUUCUUUUAUAUUACUUUUUCAUGUAAAAAAUAAGAAACGACAAGAUAUGUUACCUUCUUUCAAGGAUAUACAGUAUAGUAUUGCAUGUUUCUGUUAUAUAUCUUUAUGUAAUUUGCUUCCACGAACGUAUAUAUAUGUAGGAACUUAUAGUUCCGGAUAGAA